AAUUAAACUUCAUCAACAUCUCAUCAGGAACCAUCGUCAUCAUCAUCAACAUCGAUCAUUCUCAUCUACUCUUCAUCAUCUCAACAAUAUGUCAAACUCAUCUCAACCGAAAACCAAGAUCACCUUUGAAUCUCAAUCUACUUUACCAAGUCUACCAGUACCAGAUUUACAAUCAACUGCUGCUAAAUACUUUCACUCAAUCUUACCUAUAGUCUCGUCUCAAUCUCCAGAUAGUCAAACUGCUUCAGAUUCAAAUCCAACUCCUCAAUACAAACAGACUAAAUCAGCUUUAAAAGAAUUCUUAUCUUCUCCAUUAGUCAAUGAACUUCAAUCUAGAUUGGUUGCUAGAUCAAAGGAUCCUUCUCUUCAAAGUUGGUUAAUCGAUUGGUGGAAUGAUUUAGCUUAUAUGGCUUAUAGAGAUCCUCUUAUUCCAUUCUCGUCUUAUUAUAUUGCUCAUUUAUCAACCCCUCAAUCGAAAUCUCAAGAUGGUCCCACUCGAGCUUCCAAUUUGAUCAGAGCUAUGUUAUUCUUCAGAGAUUUGAUCUUAACUGAACAACUACCACCAGAAAAGACAAGGAAUGGUCCAUUGUGUAUGAACUCGUACAAAUGGUUAUUCAAUACUGUCAGGUAUCCAAACAAACCAUCUGAUACGGCCAAACAAUUCGAUCCUUACCAAAACCAACACAUUGCUGUCAUUCGUAAAGGCCGUUUCUAUGAAUUCGAUCUUGUUAAACCUGAUGGACAAUGGCUCUCAGCUAAAGAAAUCGAAGCUCAACUCCGUAAAGUGAUUCAAAGCGCUGGCGAUCAAGAGACUCCUGAUCCAAUCGGUGCCCUGACAUCUGAUCAUCGUGACACGUGGACUGAUACUAGAUCAGAAUUGAUUCAAUCCCCUCAAAACAUCAAAUCACUCGAACGUAUUGAAUCUGCUAUUGUCUGUGUGGCUUUAGAUGAUACAAGUCCUAUCACUCGUGACGAGCUUGGUUGGAAUCUCUGGUCAGGUGAUGGAAAGAAUAGAUUCUUUGAUAAGCAACAACUCAUCGUUUGUGAGAAUGGACAAAGUGGUUUCAAUGCAGAACAUUCUUGUAUGGAUGGAACCCCUGUAGCGACUAUGAAUGAUUGGAUCUUAUCUCGACUUGAGAACAAAUCCAUUGAUCUUGGUUCAAGCUCUGAUUCUAAUCUACCGACUCCGAAACCUAUUACUUUUGAGAUAUCAACACGUACUAAGGAGAAUAUCUCUAAAGCGAUUGAAAAUCAUCAAAAAUUGAUGUCGGCUCAAACGUUGGACGUUUUACAAUACGUAGGAUUUGGAAAACAAACAAUUAAGAAAUACUUCAAAGCUUCACCAGAUGCGAUUGCACAACUUACACUACAACUUGGACAUUAUAAAUUGUUUGGAAGUGUUCCAGUGACUUAUGAAUCAGCUCAAACUAGAAAGUUCAAAAUGGGUAGAACAGAAGUCAUUAGAGCUUGUUCAAUUGAAGCUUUAGAAUGGUGUAAGGCUAUGGUCAAUCUUGAUGUAGAUCAAGAAACAAAAAUUCAGAAAUUCAGAGAAGCUGAAAAAUCUCAUGUAAGGUAUGCUAAUUGGGCAAGUAAUGGAGAAGGAGUUGAUCGUCAUUUGUUAGGAUUAAGAUUAUUAUUGAAACCGGGAGAAAAAAUGCCAAAGUUAUUUGAAGAUGAAACUUACAAGAAAUCGACUACUUGGAUCUUUUCAACUUCUACUUUACCUUCUGAAUAUUUCAACGGUCUAGGAUAUGGACCUGUGGUAUCAGAAGGUUAUGGAAUUGCUUAUGCAGUAAAUGAUCAAUCUAUGAGAUUUACGAUUACGACUACUACUGGAAAUGGAAAAAGAUUGAAAGAAUCAUUACAAGAAGCUGCUGAAGAUAUUAAAGCUUUGUUAAUGAAUUCGAAUCCUAUAGUGGAAUCUUCCAAGUUAUAAGUCUUGAUUUCAUUUCAGAGUUUUGGAUUUGGAGUUUGUGUCUUUAGAUCGCAUGGUUCCUUUUUAUCAGUUUUGAUAGUUUGUUUUGGUGGUCUUGUCGUUAUGGUUUAGUACAGUUUUUGGUUGUAUUUCUAAGUCUUGCAAGUUCUUUGUUGAUUUGUAUUAUGAUUUUAUUUUUAUUUUUGAGUUGAUUC